UUUUUAUUUAUUGAAAAUCUUUCGAAGACCACUCCCACUAGUCCACUACUAUCGAAGACUUUAUUUAUUUAUUUGUAAGCCCCUCGUUUUACAGUCUCGCCCGUCUCCGAUUUCUCUCAUCGCCGUCGCUAUUGUUUUAUCUGAUCGGUGGGUUUGAAGGAAAGAUGGCUAGUGGUAGCCUGAAAAGCCUUGUAACUUCAGCAGUCACUGUUGGUGUGACCGAAGCUAGAGCAAGGAUUUUCGGACAUAUGCUUAACCCAUCAGGGCAGAGGUCUCCUCAUAAGAUCUUAAGGAAGAAGCUUUUUGGUGAUAAGGUUGCCGAGUGGUAUCCAUACGACAUUAAGAACGAGGAUCCCAAUGUCUUGGCUAGAGAAGAAAAAGAGCGCUUAUCGAAGCUUGAGAUGUUGAAGCGUCGUGAUAAAGGACCACCAAAGAAGGGUCAUGGAAGACGUGCUGCGAAGCGUAACAAGUAGAAAAAGUAGUGAUCGUAGCUUCCAAAACAUAAACCAAAAAAUCCUCUGCACUUUUAGUAUCACACUAUUUUGGUUAAUAAUGUCAACCAUAACUUUUCUUCACUAUGCUGUGACAAAGUUGAAAGCUAUUUGCCUUUCCUUUUGUUUCUC